UCAUUUAAGCGCAUUUGACGAUUGUUUGCCUUUCCACACAGAACAGAAUCUCGAAUCUAGUUAGCCGACAUUACACUAAAAAAAAACCUAAAUCAACAAUUAAAUAUUGACAAAAGUAUAACAACAAAAAAUAAAAACAAUAAUAAAUAAACCCUUAACAAUUGCCUAAAGGUGUGUGAAAAUAUAACAUACAUUAAAAUGAAGCUGUUGUUCGGUGUACUGGUGAUCACUUUGGCCCUUAGUGGAGUCUUUACCCUGCCAGCUGGCAGCAAUCCGCAGGACGAUGCCGAGGUGAUUAACGUGCCAUCGCGCCCCCAAACCGAAUCGGAUUUCCAUAACUUCCGUGGCGUCAUCGAUACGGGAUCGGGUUAUCCCUUCCUCCAGCCGAAUCCUUCGGGCUUCAAUCUCGGCUUCUUCGAUUCCUUCGAUGACCUUUUCCGUCGUCUCCGCACCCGCCUCUGGCCAGUGAUUGGUACUGAUUCCGCUGAUGAUGGAGCAGCCGAUGAUUCUGAUGAAUCCAGUGUUGGCCUUGGAUCUGGUUCUCGCUUGUUUGCCUUUGACCCAUUGAAUCCCAAGGAUGGUAAUACCACUUCUACCGUAAAGGUUGUGGAUGGCCACAAGGUGGAGAUCAAUGAGACCGUGUUUGGCAACACCAACAGCGUGUUCAAGGUGCGCGUCGUUAAUGUAAGACCCCUGGACAGUGGCGAGGAGGUGGCCGAGGGUGUGCACACCAAUGGUGGUGGCUUCCAGCCGGCCAAGGGACCUGCCACAUCGGCUCCACCGCCAGCCAAGUCCGCGGGACAGGGGGAGUUCGAUGAUGAGGUGGAGGAGGAUGGUCGCCGGGAGCCACUGGAGAAGCAGCCCAAGGAUAACGAGGUGCGCGAUAUCGAUGAGCCAAGGUCAACAACACCGACAACCGUAGACUCUACAACAACCAAACUUGCCACCAGAUUACCUGAAGAUUCCGAAUCGGAAGCCACAGACAUCAGUGAAGAUAUAGUGGUUCAACAACAUAGCAAGCCCAUGGAUCAGUUGCAGCAAAUGAUGGCAUUCGCCCGAGAGGAAUUGGAAAGGACGGAGGCACUGGAAAAGGAGCGCCAGGAACAGGAAGCCCAGGAACAGGAGCACCAGGAACAGGAACACCACGAGCAGAAUCACCAGGAAAAGGAAUCCAUGGAGAUGAUGAAGCAUAAAGAUCGUGAAGAGUUCGAUUCCUCAGAUGAUGAAGAUGCUGAAACCACUACACCCAUAGUAAUGAGCGAAACCUUUGACGAAGAGUGGGCUGAGUUCGAUCAGGAUCAUGGUCAGGAUCAGGAUCACGAGGUGGAAUAGAAGGAUUUCGAAAACGAUCUAAACAACGAUAUCGAUAUCGAGGAGAACUUUGUCCCUGUCGAUCUGUCCAAUGAUAUUGCGGUGAAUGAUUUGGCAGGCGAUCCCGAUUUUCCGCAUAAUCCCGAUGCCGAGGUAUUUGCCCCACCAACACUCAUUAAAGCCAUGCCGAUGUUCGAGAAGCUCUCAUUAUCAGAGCCCUCCAAGUGAGGACCUUUCCCAGGAUCCACAUCUAGUCUAGGCAGUGUCUUUAGUCCUAAGUCUCUAGUUGUAAGUCAACGUCAUCGGGGAUAUCUCUGAGAGAUCCAAGAAAAUCGGUAUUUUCUUUUAAUUUAAACAAUCAUAAUGUAUCGUAUUAUUUCGACAGAUGGCAAGUAUUAAAUGUGCACAAACACAGUUGCA